CCAUGUUGGUGAUACUCGCAAAUUAAUAUUGAACUGAACAGUAAUUCUAUGUUUGAGUGAACCGUAAACAUUGUUCAACAUUGUGCUUGUUCCACAAUUGCAGCAUUCAAUUGGGAGAAUUCAAAUCAAACCAUUGGUUGCCACGGAAUGGAUGACUUCUGUCGAAUAUGCUCACGUUCCGACGAGUUCCAGAAGUUCGAGCUCUCGACGAUUUCGCAGAUCAGCAAUAUCCGAAUCGAUGAUAUGCUCGUUUACUGCACCCAGCAGCAGAUCAGCACCGGAGACAGCCUUCCGCAGCAUAUCUGUGCCGAGUGUUUCACCGCUCUGAAUUCAGCGUUCGUAUUCCGAAAGCUCACAUAUCAUUCGGAGAAUGGAUUUCGACAAAUGAUCAACAGGAAUUUGACCGCCUCGGUUUCAAUGCCGAGCAGUAUCGCCCUGGUGCCCAUUCCGGUGGAAAUGACGGAUCACAUUCUACCGGAUGUGGCCAUUAAAGAGGAGCUAGAACUGGGAGAACCGCUGGCAGCAGACAUAAUUCCCGUAGUGUUCACAGAAGCGUUGUCGUUAGAAGAGAACCUCAAUAGUACUUCAGAUCGAACAGAUGGCAUCACCCAGCCGGGCAAAAAGCGCGGUAAAGCUACAAGAAGCUUUGCCGGACCAACAACGUACGUUUGUAAGGACUGUGGCUACACCACCCAACAUUGUUUCAAUUUUAAACGACACCAACAAAAUCAGAAGCACUCUGCCUACAGUAAAAUAGUCACCAAGCGACCGUUACACAUGAUUAAACAUCUGAUUAAACCGUUUAUCAAACCAAAAGUGACCAAACCACCCGCCGUCAAACAAAAACCGAAAAAACCCGAAAAGAAAACAACCAGGAAGGGAGGACGUCAGCGGAAUCCUAUUCGAACCCUCUACAGGUGUGAUGAUUGUGGCUAUCAAAAUUAUAUCACAUUCAAUUUUCGACGCCACCAAAAGAACUGGAAUCAUACGAAGGUCAGCACGUUUCACGAGCCGAUAACGAGUACCCAGGAAAGCAUGCUCAAAUGCCGUGACUGUGGCGACGAGUUUCCCUCUAAUGCUAUUCUGAAGGCUCAUCGCAGAAGCGAGUGUCAGACUUUGGCAAGCAAUCUCGACUCGGAUUAUGUCUACAGCGAUGAGGCACUGGCAAUUUGUAGAAGUUUGGGCACCAAAAGAAGACAAGUCAAACGAGAUAUGACAGAGCAAAUGGUUAAGGUGAAAACGGAACCCAGGGAUAACGAACCUCCAAGCGCGCAGGUUGCGGAUGGCGAAGAGUUAGAAGAUAGGAGGAAUCAACUUGAUUAUGAAGACAGUUUAUUGAAAAAAGAGUGAACGAUGUAGAUGUA